AUGACCAUCCUCAACUCCUCCUGGUUACCAGCCCCAGCCCUGUUCGGCAUUGUCAUCGACAGCUCCUGUAUCUGGUGGAAACAGGCCUGUAACAGCCGGCUGGGCUGUGGUUACUAUGACAAUAACAUCCUGAGGAACAGGUACCUGGGCCUGCAGGUGGGCUUCAAGGUGAUGGGGAUCUUCCUGCUUGGGGUGGUGGGCUGGAAGGUCCUGAGGACCAGGGAGUACAGCCUGGAGAAGAGGCCUGAUGGACCACUCUGAUCUGGGAUACAACUGACCUCCCUGGCUCCCCACUCUGUUCUCUCUCUCCCAUCUCACUUUAAAGAGUAGUCUCAGGCCCACUACUGUUCCUUUCAACAGUCUGCUGAGGUGUUCUGUCUGAAUGUGCUCUCCUUUACCCACCUGAUCCACCUAUCCUGUCUCACAUGAGAGAAGAGACUCAACCUAUCAACUGCCAGUGGGCAAAGUCCACGAUGCCUUUCAACCAUAGAAUGUUUCAACGGUCUGCUUAAAGUAUUCUCAAACACAGCUGAUCCUCCUGUUGGAGUAACCUCAGCACUGAAGGACACUCCAGCUCUGGUAAAGAUACUAUAACCCUCAUGCAGGACAUUAUAGCUCCCAUUCGACUAUCCUACACUCCUACAGUAUCCCCACACGAGGAAGUUGGUUCAAUAUCCCCACGGGGAAGUUGGUUCAAUAUCCCCACACGGGGAAGUUGGUUCAAUAUCCCCACACGGGGAAGUUGGUUCAAUAUCCCCACACGUGGAAGUUGGUUCAAUAUCCCCACACGUGGAAGUUGGUUCAAUAUCCCCACACGGGGAAGUUGGUUCAAUAUCCCCACACGGGGAAGUUGGUUCAGUAUCCCCACACGGGGAAGUUGGUUCAAUAUCCCCACACGGGGAAGUUGGUUCAAUAUCCCCACACGGGGAAGUUGGUUCAAUAUCCCACACGGGAAAGUUGGUUCAGUAUCCCUACAGGGGGAAGGGGGUUCAGUAUCCCCACACGGGGAAGGGGGUUCAGU